CUUAAUUUUGUAGGAUAUCCAUUCGUUGACAGUAGAAGAGAUAUAAUAACUGUACAAAAUUGCGAGAAAAAAGUAAUAUGGUCCAAUUGAUGAAAUGGAACUUGUAAUUCAUGUAUCAAUUGCGAAAUGAAAACUUAUUAAAUUUACGAGAGAGAAAAAAAAUUAUCAGAAUCUGACGAUCGUGACGGAAAUAAUAUAUGCAUAAGUAUAUUCUUACAUCUACUCAUUCAACAUUGAAAUCAUAUUUGGGUAAAACAGUAAACCGAUUGUCUCCUUGAUACACAAGAUUGUCUCCUUCAAAACGUAAGUUUAAACCUUGAAUUAUUAAGAAAAGUACUAGACCAUAGAUUUGGAGUAUAAGAAAGCAAAGAAAAGAAGGGUAAAAACUAAGAACCCAUUAACCAUGAUGUUGUUUUGUGGGGAUCGACUGUCCAGCGUGGAAGUGAUUAACAUGAUAAACACCCCAUAAUCACUCAUCUUCCCUAAUCUUAAUACAAAAAUUAAUUCACCAAAAAUUACUGUUUUGGCUGCCCUUAACCAUGAUGAAGCUUCCCAACAUCAUUAUCCAUCCGUAACUCGACAACAUAUCUGAUGUUUUUUUUUGUCCUCAUGAUAUUUUUUUUUGCUGCAGGUUGUUGGUUAAUUAUGAUUUAUGACAGACAUCCUUUUUGUAGCAUUAAAACAUUUGCUCCCCCACAAAAUUGAGAAAACCUAUUGUUUACACAAGUUAUAUAUAUAUUUUCUACAUUUCACCUAACAUUUUAGAUGAGUCUCAAAUCCACAAAUUAUGUGAGUGAUUCAUGGUCCAUAAAAAAUAAUUUAAGCUUAAUUCACAAAUCACAAUAUACAUUUUAGAGGCAAAUGAACGAAUUAUUAUGAGAACGUUAAAAAUUAAAAUAUACUCAGGAUGAAGUCGUGAGUCCCAAUAAUUAUGGGUUGGCUGUUAUUUCAAUAGACAUGAAGGUUGAUUAAUUAGAGUAUCAGUAUGGAUCCUAAUUACUCAUUACCACUUUAUAAAGUUUGUGGAUUUGGGCCCAACCGAUUGACGGACAAGGUCCACCUGACAUCAAGCUCUAUAGCCCGAAGAAAAACGGGCCCAAAUAUGUACAAAGAUUGGCCCAAAACAGGCUACCCAACACACCACUCGCUCUAGUAAUCCGACCCGCAUCCGAAACCAGAGAAAAAACCCUGGAAAAACCCUGCGAAACGAAUAAACGGAGGAAAAAAAAAAGGGGGAAACGAGAGGAGACCGAACUCGAGCUUUGCACAACCAUGGCGGCUCACAAGGAAGACGGCAAAAAAUUGAACAAGAGAAAGCAAUCUCCGGCAUCCAAACCCGGCCGGGAUGGUUCCGCUACCAAAAAGCCGAAGUUCGGCAGCUCGAAGGUUGACGAUAAGAAGGGGAAGAAGCCGUUUAAGUCAGUGAAGAAGUAUGCGAAGUCCAGUCAUGGUGAAGAUAGUAAACAGACUAAGGAGCCGCUAUCCAAGCGAGAACUCCGAAUCGAGGCUAAGGAGUUGGCCGAGGCAAGGAAGAAGAGGAGGAAAAGACACUACACUUUGGAGCAAGAGCUUGCAAAGCUAUGGGAGAAAAUGAGACAGCGUAACAUAGCCAAAGAAGAUAGAUCCAAGUUGAUUAGCGAAGCAAUACAGAAGAUGAAAGGGAAGAUACCCGAAAUCGCUACUUCUCAUGUUUCUUCACGUGUUCUUCAGACUUGCGUUAAGUAUUGUUCUCAGACUGAGAGGGAUGUUGUGUUCGGUGAGCUGAGGCCGCAUUUCCUGAACUUUGCUUGCAACCCAUAUGCAGUUCAUCUUGUGAAGAAAAUGUUAGACAGUGCUUCUAAGAAGCAGCUGGGAGAUUUCAUCUCAUCCCUCCGUGGGCAAGUUGCCUCUCUUCUUCGCCACAUGGUUGGAUCAGUCGUUGUUGAGCAUGCAUACCAAGCUGGUAAUGGAACUCAAAGACAGGAGCUUUUGCUGGAAUUGUAUUCCACCGAACUCCAGUUGUUUAAGGAUCUUUCCUUAAUCAAAGAGAGCAGGUUGGUGGAUGUGAUCGCUAAAUUGAACCUUCAGAAAAGUUCAGUUUUACGACAUAUGACUUCUGUAAUUCAACCUAUUCUAGAGAAGGGAAUUGUUGACCACUCUAUCUUACAUCGGGUGCUUAUUGAGUACUUAAGUAUUGCUGAUAAGUUCUCUGCAGCUGAUGUACUCGAGCAAUUGUCGGGUCCACUUCUUGUUCGAAUGAUCCAUACUAAGGAUGGGUCUCGUAUUGGCAUGCUUUGUGUCAAACAUGGGAGUGCAAAGGAAAGAAAGAAGAUUGUCAAAGGAAUGAAAAGCCAUAUAUUAAAAAUUGCUUAUGACCAAUAUGGGAGCCUGGUGCUUGCAUGCAUUUGCUCCACUGUGGAUGACACAAAACUCCUGACAAAGAUUGUGAUUCGUGAGCUUCAAACUAGUUUGAAGGAGCUUGUUCUUGAUAAGAAUGGAAGGCGUCCUAUAUUGCAGCUACUUCACCCAGAUUGUUCACGCUAUUUCAGUCCUGAUGAAAUGGCUUCUCUAAAUUCAUCCAUUUCCUCUCUCAGUGCAAAGGUUGGAUCUGAAUCCAAAUCCAUAGGAGAAGAAAAAACAGAAACAAACGAAAUAUCCGGUGAUGAGGAAAAUGAUGUCAAAGAAGACACAAUGGCCGAGGGAGAUGAAACUGAAGAUCCCGUGGAGGGUGGAAAGAAAGACCCUUUGACAAGAAGACAGGAAUUAUUGCUUGAAAGUGGCCUUGCUGAGAGCCUCGUCGAUGUAUGCACUGAAAAUGUGGAAGAGAUGCUUAGAUCUAAUUUUGGCAAGGAAGUCUUGUAUGAGGUUGCAACUGGUGGUUCUGGAGGAAUUCUUUUCCCUUCACUUGGUGAGAAAUUGAACACCUUGCAUGAGACCAUAGCAGCUGUUGCAGCAGAGUCAAAAUCUGAAGAGCCAGGAAAAGAACACGUCUUUGAGAACUUCCACUCCAGCCGAACAAUCAGAAAGCUGGUCUUGGACUCCCCAGGUUUCGCAGCCAUUCUGUGGAAGAAUGCUUUGAAAGGGAAGUGUAGCUUGUGGGCUCAAGGUCACAGCUCUAAGGUAAUACACGCAUUCUUGGACUCCACUGAUGAUAAAGUACGCAAUCUCGCCAAGAAAGAGCUGCAGCCAUUACUCAAGGACGGCGUUCUUAAAGUAUCGGAACACAAGGAGGCAACUAAAAAGGCUUAGAUUAUCAUUAGCUUUUGAAAUCCUCCUCAGAAGAAUAGCAUAACAAUGAAGGGCUCAAAGCAGAAGGGCUCAUAAUGCUUAUGUACCAAUUUUGUAACAACAGACUUGUAAUAGCAGUAUAUCACUGUACUGAAGCUUGUCUCUCUUUUGCCUGUUCCAGCUAUUGAUUUCUCUGUUCUUUUGCUUCUUACCAGCUACAAGUUUCUUCCUUCUUUAUAAAGUUCAAAACUUUGCUCUCAGCUUCACCUAAAAGCUUUCAUUUGUUAGAUCAUGGUCUCUGGGUUACUAAGCUUUAAUUGUUAAACGAAAAGUUAUCACAUUUCCACAGAUGUGGAAAUUGAAAAACCGGCCCCCCCUGCAUUUCAUUUUCCCGCGUUUAAUUAAUUUUCCAUUUGUAU